CUAAGCCUAAGCUCACUCCAACAGAGCCACACACGACACAAUCUCCUUAGCAUUACCAGAGCCUCCCAGUUAGCAAUGGCAAAGUGUCUCGCCGUCGCGCUCCUGCUAGUGGUGCUGCUCGCGUCCUGCGACGGGAGGGAGCUGAACGAGAAGGCUGCAGCGACACGCGGUGCCGGUGUCGGCGGCGGCGUCGGCGAGUCCAAGGCUAUGGGGUUGCCGGACUUGCCAGCUGUGACGCUCCCCACGACCCCGACGCUCCCCACGGCACCGACGCUCCCCACACUCCCGACGCUCCCUACGGUCCCGACUCUCCCGCUACUGGGAACCAUUACGGGUACCAGUACCAUUACCGGCCCGGUGGUGGUGCUUCCGGCGGUCCCUGCUCACCCAUGAUUAUCUCUACUUGUACGGUGUACGUGCCUAGAUCAUAGCACCGUUCGCAGGGAAAGACACCGGCGUUGCGUUCAUGUCCAAGGCCCUUCAUUGAUGGGAGUCUGUAUUUAUCUUCAGUUAAAGUUCUUGUAUUGUUCGUUCGUUGAUGUGUUUUUACAUGUAUCAUGGACAUCAUAAAUACUACCGGUACUUUGUCAGCGUGA